AGAUCAACCUCGGAUGCGCGCGGCUGAAAAAGUCCACUUCGGUUUUUCCGCGAAGCUCCAAAAAUCUAUGAAAUGUGUUUGCAUGUUCCUCUCCGCGAGCGGGGAUGUAGAGGUGGGAUCGCAAAGGAAGCUCGGGGAACCCACGCGCUCUGCCGCGGAGAAAGUGCGCGUCUCCCCCGGAAAAGCAGCUGACAUUCAGCGCGUCGGGCUUCCUGCGGCGCCUGGCACCAUCACACGGCCCCUGAGCGGGACUGUGCUGGAGGAGAAGCAGCUUUUUCUCUGCCCCUGGCUUGUUUUUGUCACCCAGUUCGGCUCGGCAGUCAGGCUGAGGGGGACGGAGGAGGGAGAGAGAGAGGGGGGAGAGAGAGACGGACCGCUCGGACUGUGGGAGCCCUCCCCUCUGCUCGGAUCUGCUUUGUUACCUGAAAACCCAUGGAAGAACGUGGAUGAGGGCUGAGCUGUAGCAGGAGGCAGAAGGCUUCGCUGCCUGUCUGCCAACGGCAGGCUGGUCUGCUGAGGUGAGGCACCGCUCUCACAGGAGCAAAGAACGGACCGAGGAAACGUUCGCUCACCCCUGCCCCCUUUCCACCCUCACCUCCAACCCAGGCACCUACGUUCUGGACCAUGUCUAGCGGGCUGUUGGAGGGAGGCCAGACCAAGGACUUGGAGCGGAGCAGCUGCAAACCGGACUCUCCUGUCACUGAGCGCAGGAAUCGAAGCGGCAUCAUUAGCGAGCCCCUCAGUAAGAGCCUUAAGAACUCCCGUACCCUCUCUCAGUACACAGCCGUCUCCUCUGCCACCACCAAUGGACACACGAACAGCACCGCAACAAAGAGCCACUUGGCCAAACCUCAGCCGCCCCCGCCGGCUCAACCUACUGUCUCCACACUUACGGCAGCCAAGUUGGACCGAACCUUAGAACAGGUUCUGGAGGGACAGAAUGGCCUGCUGCACUUUGCCCAGGCAGCGGCUCUGUUGAAGCGGGCCGGUAUGGAGCACAUGCUUCUGCCUGGGGGCAUGGGAGUAGGAGUUGGUGGUGGAGAUAUGGGCUCGGGGGCUAACGACUUGGAGGGUAGGUCUGUUGCGGACGCCGUAGGUGGUCCGGUGGACUUCCCAUAUGGAGUAGGGGGCGGCUUCCCCUUCAACCCGGGGCUUUUCAUCAUGACGCCGGCUGGAGUCUUUCUGGCGGACAGCGCACUUCACAUGGCCGGCCUGGCCGAAUACCCAGCACAGAGCGAGCUGGCCUCCGCCAUCAACUCCGGUAAAAAGAAACGGAAACGUUGCGGCAUGUGCCCACCGUGCCGACGGCGGAUUAACUGCGAGCAGUGCAGCAGCUGCCGGAACAGAAAAACAGGCCACCAGAUCUGCAAGUUUCGCAAAUGUGAGGAGCUAAAGAAGAAGCCCUCUGCUGCUCUGGAGGUGAUGCUUCCUGCGGGAGCGGCGUUCCGGUGGUUCCAGUAGGACUCUUCCACGGCUCCCUACCCAAAGCUCUGCCAUCAAGUGCAAUGCCAACUCCUGGAUUGUCUCCAGAACAGACACUGGUUCAUAAACAAACUAGCAAUGGAUAAAAAUAUAGGGAAACAAAAAGAAGCAGAAAUGUUCAUAAAAAAACGAACAGUCGGAUAAUGGAUGCACCUACUUACUCCUUGAACCAAAAAUGAAGCGUAAAGAAAAGCAUCUAUGGUAACUUUUCAUUCCCUUUUUGUAUGUUUCCAUUUUGGUACCUUUUUGUCCUGGCAAGGUUUUUCUUUCUUUCUUUCUUUCUUUCUUUCUGUUGCUUAAACACAGAACUGCUCGUCACCAGAAACAGACAUGACAGACUGAGUGUGGACAAUCAACUAAUUUCUGUGUUUGGUGUUAAUGUUGUUCAUGUGUGGAAAGAUACCGUACUCGUGUAGAGAAUGUAAAUUUACAGCUAUAUUUUAAAACUAGUGGCUAAAGGCAAACAUUGUAAUUUCUCACUCGUUAUGUUCCCUAAACCCUUGUCUGUUUUAUGAUUUGUUUGGGGGGGGUUGUUUUGAUUUUUUCAGACGAAUCAGUGGAAGAGAUUUAAAUAGUGACGCUGUCAGUUUGAUACUGAAAUGAAACUGAAUAUUAUUAUUGGGCAGAGCUCCAGAG